GGGCUCCGAGUCAACUGGCACUGGGUCAGACAUUGGAUCGUCUGGCUGGACAGCGGGCAUCGGGUCACCAGGCAUCAGGUCAUUUGGCUCGACAGCGGGCACCCGCGUCAUCUGGCAAGGCAGUGGGCUCCGAGUCAACUGUAUAUGACCGCGGGCACUGGGUCAGACAUUGGAUCGUCUGACUGGACAGCGGGCAUCGGGUCACCAGGCAUCAGGUCAUUUGGCUCGACAGCGGGCACCGCGUCAUCUGGCAAGGCAGUGGGCUCCGAGUCAACAGGCACGACAGUGGGCACCGGGUCAUCAGGUACCGGAUUGUCUGGCUCGACAGCGGGCAUCGGGUCACCAGGUAUGACAGCGGGCACUGGGUCACCAGGCAUCAGGUCAUUUGGCUUGCCAGCGGGCACCGCGUCAUCUGGCAAGGCAGUGGGCACCGGGUCACCAGGCAUUGGAUUGUCUGGCUCGACAGCGGGCAUCGGGUCACCAGGCAUCAGGUCAUUUGGCUCGCCAGCGGGCACCGCGUCAUCUGGCAAGGCAGUGGGCACCGAGUCACCAGGUACGACAGCAGGCUCUGAGUCAAUUGGCACGACAGCGGGCACCGGAUCAGGUACCGGAUCAUCUGGAUCAACAGCGGGCAUCGAGUCAACUGGCCUAAUAGGAUCAGAGGCAUCAGGCUGCGUACAGGCAUCAGGCCGAGUAGAGGCAUCAGGCUGCGUACAGGCA